AUGAUCCAGGGCGACCACCACACCCUGGCACUCGGGACGCUGGCCUCGUUCGAGGUGAAGUUCGACAAGAGUUUCGGCGUGGCCAACAAGCACGGGCGCGGCGGCCAGUCCCAGAACCGCUUCGCCAGGCUGGCGGACGAGAGCCGCCUCAACCACCUGAAGGCGGUGUACGAGCGCAUGGAGAGGGCCUUCCUCGCGGAGGACAAGAGGAUCGUGGUGGCCGGCCCGGGCCCCAUGAAGAGCCAGUUCGUGGAGCAUCUGCCUCGCUUCUGGAGCUCUCUCGUCGACCAGCAGCUGGUGACCACGACCGUCGUGGGCGCGAGCGGACUCCAGCAGCUGCUUGGCCAGUUGAAAGAGCAGUGCUCGAAGUCCUCGGGGGCCGAGAAGCAGAGGCUGAGAACCUUCAGAAUUCAGUCCGAUAUGCAGAGGAAAAUGGGAAGUGAAGAAAAGUGCAAGAAAUGUGACUUAAUAGAGGAACUGCGUAUGAGAAGUGGAGUGACUUGCAACAGAAUAUUUAUAGGCGCGACACUCCUCAAGAGGGCGACCUCAACAAGACGGCCCUUAAUUAGUGACGCGCUGCCCUGCUUCUUUGAUCUCUCCAGUCCUGCUGCUUUCACACUGAGACUUCUGUAUCGUCUUGUCUUUGCUCCGAAGGCGUUUGAUCUCUACUCGGCUCCCGCGAUGGUGCUCUAA